GGCUGUCUGAGUGAGAAGCAGAGCGUUUCCAGGUGAACAGAGGGUUGACUGUUGUUCAUUUUUGGGAGCGGGUAGAGAACAAGCGGCAAUUCAACCCCCUCCCCCUCACUCCACCUGUAGGGCCCGGACUCCGGGGUUGCUGUGCACGUGUUGUUCGACCUGUGUUCUGCCUCGGUCUGUCUCUAUAGAACCACGUGUGUGUCUCUAGGUACUUCUGUCACUUCUCCCGCUGGUAAUCAGGUGUUGAAAAUGGCUGAAAAUGGGGACAAAGAACAGUUGGAUCUGGAUACCAAGAUCUGUGAGCAGAUUGAGUAUUAUUUUGGAGACCAUAACCUUCCUAGAGACAAGUUCUUAAAGCAGCAGGUACUGCUGGAUGAUGGCUGGGUUCCCCUUGAAACCAUGAUCAAGUUCAACAGGUUGAGCAAACUGACAACGGAUUUCAACAUCAUCCUUCAGGCACUUAAAAAAUCUAAGACUGAACUCUUAGAAAUAAAUGAGGAGAAAUGCAAAAUUCGAAGGUCUCCUGCAAAGCCCCUCCCUGAAUUAAAUGAAGAUUACAAGAAUUCUUUUAAACACAGAUCUGUUUAUAUUAAAGGAUUUCCAACCAUCACAAAUCUAGAUGAAAUCAAAGAAUGGCUCAACGACAAAGGUCCUAUUGAAAAUAUCCAGAUGAGAAGAACACUCCAGAGAGAAUUUAAGGGCUCAGUCUUUCUCGUCUUUAAUACAGAAGAUGGUGCAAAGAAGUUUUUGGAAGACAAAAACCUCAAGUACAAAGACAACGAUAUGAUUAUCUUAUCCCGGGAAGAGUAUUUUGCAAAGAAGAAUGAAGAGAGAAAGUUAAAUAAGUCUGAAGAAAAAGCUAAAUCAAAGCAGGAAAAGGAAGAAGCCCAGAAACAGGCUGAGGAUGCCGAAAGGAAACUGAUGGAAGAAAGAGUGGGCUGCCUCCUGAAGUUCUCUGGUGAUCUGGACAACAUGACAUCUAGGGAAGACCUUCAUGCUCUGUUUCAGACCCAUGGAGAGAUUGAAUGGAUUGACUUCAGCAGGGGAGCUAAAGAGGGAAUUGUACUGUUUAAAAUGAAUGCUAAAGAAGCACUGGACAAAGCAAAGGCUGCCAAUAAUGACAACCUAAAGUUAAAGGGCAAGAAUGUAAAGUGGGAGCUCAUCGAAGGAGAUGCAGAGAAAGAAGCUCUAAAGAAAAUUAUGGAAGGGAAACAGGAGUCUUUCAACAAACGAAAAGGCAGAGAUGGUAGGAAAUUCAAAGGAAAAGGAAGAGGUGGCAAAGGAAAUGACAGCUCUCCAAGAAAGAAAAUACAAUUCCAAGGAAAGAAGAAAACAUUUGAUAGCAGUGAUGAUGAGGAUGAUAUGGAAGAAUCUGAGAGUCCCCAGAAGGUGACUAUAAAGGCAAAGGAAACGGCAGGGCCAAAAAAUGGAGCUUCGGCUGCUCCAGGAAGUCCAAAGAAGAGAGCGCUAGAUGACAAAGCAGAGGAUGGUCCUGCAGUCAAACAAUCCAAAACUGAAGUUGGGGAUCAGUAAUGUACUAUGCCUUUGGUUUUUAGAUGCCUUUUUUUUUUAAGUUAACUUCCAGAUACAGAAGGGUCAGUCUAGAGCGAAUCUAAUGAAAUCCACUUCGAUAUCAACCUGUAAUGAUGAUUUUUGUUACUUUAGUUUUGUGGGUGCAUGACAGUCCUGUAUAUUGCUAUCCUGCACUUAAUUUUUAUACGUUUUGUUUAUAUAAACAUGUUUCCGUGCUAGUAGCAAGGAUGAUUGCCAGUAUUCACUGAACUGAAAUCCUUAUGUAAUAAUGUAAAUGUUCAAUAAAAAGUGGUUCUAUUCUGGCUUUGCUUAA